GGCACCGGUACCGGCACCGGGCCCGGCACCGGGCCGGACCCCCCGACUGUGGUGCUCGCCCUCCUGGCCCGUAACGCGCAGCACUCGUUGCCGCACUGCCUGGGAGCCCUGGAGCGUAUGGACUAUCCUGCCCGGAGCAUCGCCCUGUGGUGUGCCACGGACCACAACCUGGACAACACGACGGCGAUGCUGCGGGAGUGGCUGGGGGCGGUGGGGAAGGACUAUCACUCGGUGGCCUGGAAGGUGCAGGAGGAGCCCAGCUCCUACCCUGAUGAGCUGGGGCCCAAGCACUGGAGCGACAAACGCUAUGAAAACCUGAUGAAGUUGAAGCAGGAGGCUCUCACCUACGCCCGGGAGCAGCAGGCAGACUACAUCUUGUUCAUGGACACUGACAGCAUCCUGACCAACAACCAGACCCUCAAGUUUCUGAUGGCGCAGAACAAGUCAGUGGUGGCCCCCAUGCUGGACUCCCAGACUUUCUACUCCAACUUCUGGUGUGGCAUCACGCCCCAGGGCUACUACCGCCGGACAGCCGACUACUUCCCCACCAAGAACCGGCAGCGGGUGGGCUGCUUCCCUGUCCCCAUGGUCUACGCCACCUUCCUGAUCGACCUGCGGAAGGAGGAGACCUCACAGUUGGCUUUUUACCCACCCCAUCCCAACUACACCUGGGCCUUUGAUGAUAUCAUUGUCUUUGCCUACUCCUGCCUGGCGGCUGGUGUGGAGGUCCAGGUGUGCAACCAGCAGCGCUUUGGCUACAUCAAUGUCCCCGUGAAAGCCCACCAGACACUGGAGGAUGAACAUGCCAACUUUGUGCAUCUCACACUAGAGGCCAUGGUGGAUGGUCCCCCCAUGCAGCGCUCCAGGCACAUUUCCCUCCUCCCCAGGCCACUCACAAAAAUGGGCUUUGAUGAAAUCUUCCUCAUCAACCUGGUGCGGAGGCCGGACCGGCGCCAGCGGAUGCUGGCAUCCCUGCAGGAGCUGGAGAUCACCCCCCAGGUGGUGGACGCUGUGGAUGGGAGCGCCCUCAACAGCAGCGACAUCAAGGUGCUGGGGGUGGACCUGCUCCCUGGGUACUAUGACCCCUUCUCUGGCCGCACGCUCACCAAGGGUGAGGUUGGCUGCUUCCUCAGCCACUACAACAUCUGGAAGGAGAUCGUGUCCCGGGGGCUGGAGAGGUCGGUGGUCUUUGAGGACGACGUGCGCUUCGAAGCCGCCUUCCCGGCGCGGCUGCGGCGGCUGAUGGAGGAGCUGGAGCGGGCACAGCAGGACUGGGACCUCAUCUACCUGGGGAGGAAGCAGGUGAACGUGGAGGAUGAGGAGCCCGUGGAGGGCGUGAGGAACCUGGUGGUGGCCGGGUACUCCUACUGGACCCUGGCCUAUGCCAUCUCCCACCGCGGGGCACAGAAGCUGCUGGCUGCCAAGCCCCUCUCCAAAAUGCUGCCAGUGGACGAGUUCCUGCCCAUCAUGUACGACAAGCACCCCAAUGAGGAUUACAAGCAGCACUUCACCCCCCGGGACCUGCUGGUGUUUUCAGCUCAUCCUCUCCUGGUUUAUCCCACUCACUACGCCGGGGACAGCAACUGGCUGAGUGACACCGAGACCUCCACCAUCUGGGACGACGAUGCCAAGAAGACCGACUGGGCUGGCUCUCAGAAGAGCCUGAGGGACUCGCAGAGCAGCACCAGCCACCUCCGUUCUGCUGCCCGUGACGAGCUGUGAGGGGAUGAGGGAUCGUGACCCAGCUGGGAGCACCGGGGCUGCUCUCCUGCUCCUGCUCGCUCCUGCCUGAGCCGUGGCUGCCCUGGAUGGAUCCCCCCGGGGUCCUUUGACUCUGCACAUGCUGAAUCCACCCAAAGCAGGAUUUGUCCACAGGGCUCCUGGAGAGCCCAGUCCGUGCCAGGGGGACCCGGGGAGCGCCGUGCUCUGUCUCUGCUGAGGACACGUCUCCAGGACCACCUGGGCCAUGCCAACUCUGCUGUCUCCCAUCAGCAUGGACUUUGGGAGUGUCUCUCAGGCUGGGGGCUGGCUCCCACGGUGGCACAUGUGGCCUCCUGCCACCAACUGGGCUUGUCCCUUGCCUGUGCUGUCAGGGAGGAUUAAAGCAGACUGUGUUUGAGCUGA